AUGCGGGCCAUCGAGUGCGAGCGCAAGAUAGACUACUUUGAGUCGCGGCUCGCCAACAUCGAGGGCAUGAUCCGCGAGCUGGCCGUUUCCAUCAACAGCAACCGCAGUCCGUCCGUGUCGGUGGCUGAGGGCGGGUCCAACGGCCUUUCCGGCCUUUCCGGCCUUUCCGGCCCUACCGCCUCCCCCCCGGGCGCCGGGGACAGCACCGACAUGCUGUACGGGCCCGGUGACGAUGACGACGGCAUCUCUGCGUUCGAGGGAGACUCGUCCAUGACGGCCCAGGCUGUCUUUGCGAGCGAGUUCCUCGAGAACGCGGUGACGCGGACGUUGCCCCACGAUCUCGACCCGGCCAUGAGGUCGGCUUUGUCGUCUCUUCAGCAGAUCGUGAACAUGCAGAACCGGCCGAGCGCCCCGGAGAACCGCUUUGCCAAUGCGAAGCCCCUACCCAAGGGCGGUCUCCGCGAGCUGCCCAUGCCGCCGGCCCACGUUGUGGUUUCUGCGCUGCGAGAGGCCAAAGACACGCCGCCGGUAAGCUUCAUAGCAAUAUGCACCUUCGUCGCCACCGAGAACUUCCCGGAACGGUGUAGUAAGGUAUAUUUCGCUACCGAGGACUAUAGCCUCAUGACCUGGGGCAUCGUGAACGCAGGCCUGUACUUUCUGUUCCAGGAGCGAGCCUCGCUGGCCGAAGGAGCGCAGAGGGCCCAGCUGCUCGAGUAUCAGUCUCUCUGCCGCGACAACCUCGAGACUGCUCUAGCCAACCUGCCUCUGCUGAUGCCUGCUCGUAAGGAGAGCAUCGAGGUGUUGCUGCUGGGUGCCUUCUACGCCAUUGAGAUCUCCAAAUUCUCCGUCGCGCGCGACCUCAACUCGAUCGCAGCCAACCUCUGCCAGACGCUCGGCUACCAUCGCAUCCGCGCGCCGACAUCCGACAGCGAGGCCAAGGCCAUCCUCUUCUGGUCGUGCUACCUCCUCGACAAGGCCCUGUCGCUCCGGUCCGGGCGCGCCCCCGUCAUCCAGGACUACGACAUCACGGUGCCCAGGGGCCUCGGAGCGGGCAUCGACUUGCCCGACGCGUCGUGGAGGGUCGUCCUGAACCAGUGGAUCUCGUACGCCGCCUUCUUGGGGCGCGCGUACGAGCAGCUGUACAGUCCGGCCGCGCUGGCCCGGCCGCAGGAGCAGCGCGCCGAGAGUGCGCGGCAGCUCGUCCAGACUAUGGAAAAUCUAGCGAAAGAGCAAGAGCCCCUGAUGCGGCACACGCGCGAAAAGGUCCGGGGCAUCAAGUUCAACGCCGACAGCCCCUUCCCGAUGGACAUGUCCAUCCUCGGCGACGAGCUCAUGCACUGGUCGGCCCUGACGCUGGUCUACCGCGCCAUCCCGAGUCCGCCGGGCUCGCCGAGCACCUUCAACCACGAGUGCAUCCACGCGGCGCGGCAGGCCUUCGCGUGCCACCAGGAGUACAUGGAGAUGGCCGGCGACAGUCUGGCGGUGAAAGCAGGGUGUAUUCGAUGGAACAUCAUCUAUGUCCCCUUCACGCCAGUGAUCAUCCUCUUCUGUCACAUCGUCGAGACGUCGGAUGAGGAGGACCUCCGCCGCCUGGCCGACUUUGUCGAGUCGCUGCAGCCCGUGUGCGAGGCGUCCGAGGCGGUCGCCAAGCUGCACCGCAUCUGCCAGGUGCUGCACAACGUGGCCAGCCUGUGCAUCCGCGCCAAGAGCGCCCAGCGCCAGCAGGACCCGCGCCAGCGCGACGAAGACAUGGCCAUGGUCGGCAGCAACAUCGACAUGUACCUGAGCCAGCUCGGCUUCAUGCCGCCGCCGCCGCAGCAGCAGCAGCAGCAGCAGUUUGGCGCUCAUCCGACGAUUCCGGGCGCGCCGCCGUUCGCUGGUGGGGAGGGUGGUGAUGUGGCGAUUGCCGAGUUCAGCGGUGCCAGCCAGGCGAAUGAGCUGGGCAACUGGUUCUCCGGGAAUACCCAUAUUUUGGGGCUGUUGGAGGAGGAUCUGUCCGAGUUUGAGCCGCGGUUGUGGUCGUCCAUGGGGGGGCCAUAGGUACCUAGGCAGGACGAUGACUCGCUAGGUAGGUCGGGCUGUACGGUGACGGCGUUUCGGGUUCGUAUGUAUGGGCAGGCGUGGUAACUUUCAGGGUGGUAGAUGUUGCUUUCUGGACAUAGCCAAAAGGAGAACAUAGCUCCCAUCCACGCUGGAA